GUUUGAUGCAUGAAAUUAUGUUAGAUGCUUACCAUGAGUCCAUGAUUAUUAUUAGUUAAAUGUAAAAUCUCUAAAUCUUUCUCUUCUCUUGGUUCAAUAUCAAGUAUCCACCUCUCUCCUAUCAUCUUCCAAAAUUAAUGUCAAAUCAGUGAUACAUAAAUCUAACCCCAGUUCCCAAAUCUCAAUUCAACCCUAAUUCUAUAGAAAUGGAGGAAUAUCCAGAAGAGCUUCGAACACCACCAGUACCAUUAAUAGCUUUAGUAGGAUGUCCAGAACUCCAUUCAACAAUCUCUUCUCAUCUUCACUCUGAAAAACCUCCAAUUAAUACCCUUGCAUUGCCCGAUUUCGACAAGAUCUCGAUCUUCGCAAAAAGCAAAAAUUCCAGUGAUUCUUCGUCACCACCUGCGGGCAUUUUCAAGAAAGAUUGGUUGUUGAAGCAUCGUACUAAGAUUCCCGCUGUGGCUGUUGCUUUGUUUUCAUCUGAUCAUGUUUCAGGAGACCCUGCUCACUGGCUUCAACUCUCUACUCUUAUUGAUCACCUUAAAGCAAUUAUUCAUACGAGGACUACCAAGUUGGUUGUGGUGUUGGUGCAAUCAUUUUCAGAAGAUGAUUUGAACGAAGAUCUUGUCGUCGCAUUACGGAAACGUGCGGAAUUGGAUUCCAAGUACAUUAUUAGCUUCUCUACAAGAGAUUCAGCUGUAGUGAAGCAGUCUCUUAACAGGUUGGGAAGUGUGUUGGCAGAAUUAGUUCACAUUUAUUAUCGGGAAGAAGGAAGACGUGUCAGGACACGUGUUGAUAAAAAAAGCUUUAACUCUGCAGAAUUGAGCAUACGUUGUUGCUUUAAGGUUGCUGUAUAUGCAGAGUUUCGUAGGGAUUGGGUUGAAGCAUUAAAAUUUUACGAGAAUGCAUAUCAUGCAUUGAGAGAGAUGGUUGGAACAUCUACCAGGUUGCCUGCAAUACAACGCUUAGUAGAGAUAAAAACACUCGCAGAACAAUUGCAUUUCAAGAUCUCAACUUUAUUACUGCAUGGUGGAAAAGUUGUAGAAGCAGUUUUGUGGUUCCACCAACAUUAUACUUCUUACCGGAAGCUUGUUGGAGCUGCUGAAGCUACUUUUCUUCACUGGGAAUGGCUAAGCAGACAGUUUUUGGUCUUUGCUGAGCUGCUGGAAACAAGUUUAAAAAAUAUUCCAGGCUUCUCUGAGAUUGUUUUGGGUGGUAAAGAUCAGGCUCUGACUGACCUUGAACUUCACCCAGCUUAUUAUUAUCAGCUGGCAUCUCGCUAUUUAAUGGAGAAGAGAUCUUGCUUGGAAAUUGCUAUUUCCUUGUGGGAGGUAAUAAGUGAGAAUGAUGGUGCUGCUGAAUCAGUCAUACCUUCUAGUUAUGUUGGACAGUUUGCACGAUUACUGGAACAAGAUCAUGAGGAGUUAGCCUUGCAACCUCUGACAGAUGAAGAGUUUAUCCGCUAUUGUAUUAACGAAGGGAGAAGAUUCCAAGAUUCUUUUGAAAUCAUCGCUCUUCUGAAAAGGUCUCAUGAAAUGUAUACAGGCUUAAAAGAUCCCCGGAUGGCAUCGUAUUGCAGUUUUCUAAUUGCUAAAGAAUAUUUUUCUCUGGGUGAAAUAGAAAAUGCAAAACAAAACUUUAAUGCUGCUGUGAAUUUAUAUAGAAAUGAGAGUUGGGCAACCUUACUAUGGGAAGUCUUGGGUUAUUUGCGUGAGUGCGCAAGGCAAGAAGGUUCCUUUAAAGAAUUUGUUGAAUAUUCCCUUGAGAUGGCUGCACUGCCCGUUACAUCUGGAGAUUGUUCUGCCUAUAAAGAAUGUGGCCCAGCUGGUCCUCCAUGUUUUCAGCAGAGAGAGAUAAUUCACAAGGAGAUUAUGCGCCUUGUCACUGGAGAAUCGGAGUUUGCGUCAAAGGUUGGUGAUCAGAAAGUUAGGAUAACUAAAGAUUCUCCGCUUCACAUUGAAGUUGAUCAUGUAAGCCCCCUAAGAGUGGUUCUACUUGCGUCGGUUGCAUUUCAUGAGCAAGUAGUUAAGCCAGGCAUGCCUACUCAAUUUACAUUGUCACUAUUGUCACAUCUUCCUCUCCCUUUCGAGAUUGAUGCGUUAGACAUCCAGUUCAAUCAAGCAGAAUGUAAUUUUGUCAUACAGAAUUCUCAAAAAGCUUCAGCACUCACUAACUUGAACAAUCAAGCGGGUUAUCGAGUAGAGACUGCUCAAGCUUUGGCUCUUUCUGAAAAUAGAUGGCUAAGGCUGACCUAUGAUGUUAAAUCUGAUCGAAGCGGAAAACUUGAAUGCAUAUCUGUCAUUGUAAGGUUUGGAUCAUACUUCACCAUCUGCUGCAGAGCUGAAAGCCCUGCCUCAAUGGAUGAUUUAACGCUUUGGAAACUCGAAGAGUGCGUUGAGAGUUUCCCUACCAAGGAUCCUGCUUUAGCUUUCUCUGGUCAAAAGGUGGUCCAAAUUGAAGAACCUGAUGCACAAGUUGAUCUGAGUGUGGUUGCUGAAGGUCCUGCAUUGGUUGGUGAAAACUUCAUUGUUCCAGUCACGAUUUCUUCGAAGGGUCAUUCUGUUCACUCCGGUGAAUUGAAAAUAAACCUGGUAGACACAAGAGGAGGUGGGCUGGUAAGUCCAAGGGAAUUUGAGCCAUAUUCGACAGAAAGUCAUCAUGUUGAACUUCUUGGAGUUUCUGGACCAGAUGUUGAAAGUUCUGUUACUAGCUCUGACAGUAUCAGAAACAUUCAACAUUCAUUUGGUUUGAUAUCUGUUCCAGUUUUGAACGCCAGAGAAUCUUGGUCCUGUAAAUUAGAAAUCAAAUGGCAUAGGCCAAAGCCGAUCAUGUUAUUUGUUUCGUUGAGCUACACAUCUGAGAGUCAUGAUGCUAAUAUGCAAAAAAUUCAUGUUCACAAGAGCAUGCAGAUUGAAGGUCAGACUCCUGUUAUUAUCAGUCAUCGUAUGAUGUCGCCAUUUCGACGUGAUGCAUUAUUACUUUCCAGAAUUAAACCCAUUGUUGAUGCUGAAAAGUCCCCAACCUUGCCACUGGAUGAAACAAGUAUACUUGUAGUCACUGCUAAAAAUUGCACCGAGGUGCCAUUAAGGGUAUUAUCAAUUACUAUUGAAGUAGAUGAUAAUGCCGUGGAAAACUCAUGUAAUGUGUUUCCAGCAAGCAAUCAACAUGCGGAUGCUGUAGGACCCUAUAUUGUGGUGCCAGGCGAAGAGUAUAAGAAAGUCUUUUCCGUCAUUCCUCUGACUAAUAAUUCAAACGUGAGGCUUGGUACAGUAUGUCUUAAAUGGAUGAGAGAUGCAGGGCCUCUGAAGCAGAGUGUUUCUGAGGUAAUGACCAAACAUAAACUUCCCGAAGCAAAGGUUGAAUUAUCUCCUCUGAUUGUGAGCUUGAAAUGUCCACCUCAUGCUGUCCUUGGAGACCCCUUCACCUACUUCAUUAAAAUUAAGAAUCAAACAGAGUUACUUCAGGAGAUCAAGUAUUCAUUAGUGGAUUCACAGAGCUUUGUUUCAUCUGGAUCCCACAAUGAUAAUAUAUUUGUCUUGCCAAAAUCUGUGCAUGUUCUGAACUACAAACUUGUUCCACUAGCCUCUGGUCCGCAGCAGUUGCCUAGAGUCACUGUGACAUCCCUGAGAUAUUCGGCUACAUUUGAACCUUCAGUCACUGCUUCUACUAUUUUUGUGUUCCCUGUAAAGCCUCAGUUGGAGAUGCAAACGGUGGAAAGUAGCGCAAAAUCUAUGAUACCUGCAGCUGAUUAGAAACUUGAUUCAAAAUUUUCUUUUACUUGGAUCCAUCACUACAUGUCAAUCUGUUUUAGUGUCCCAUUCCUUCAAUUUAGAGGCAUGAAGAUACUUCUGAAAUUAUGCUUCUCCCGUUGAAGAAUCAUCUGAAGUCGGCUGUGCAGGAGUUCUGCUAUUAUACAAAUCAUUACCCCAAAGACGGAUACAGAAUCAGCUGUGCCACUCCAACCAGGAAUCAUAUCACAAUGUUGCUUUAUGGUGAUGCUCGGUUGAGACAUGAAACUAGUUCAAGAAAUCGUCAUUUUGAGAAAUUAAUGGCAUUGAGCUAUAAUUUUCUAUACUAACAGUAUAUAUGCAAAUCAAAAUAUUGCAAAGAGUUGUUUAGAUGUUACGAUGAUAUCUGGAAUUUUUUUAUUGAAGUGCCCCGAGUUUUCUUAGAUCAACAGAGACUGGCCCUGAUGUGUGACUCAUUCUGGAUGGCUUAGCAGUUAGCACUCCUCAGUUAAACUGCCAUUAACAUUGAUUAUCAAUUUUGGUGUUUGGUUAUGUCUAUGUCGGAUGAUCACUGACUAGCAUUUGAAAAAAAUGCUUUUUAAACUUGGAUUUAUCUGGUUAUUUUAGAUAUGAACUGUUCUUUUAUACAAUCAGUAUCAGAGGAGUAGCUUUCUGUUGUUUCGGUUUGUGUCUCAUUUCAAUUUACUGGUAAGUGAUACGCGGUUAGUUUCUUGGACAAAGGUUUUUUUGUACAUGAUGAUAAACUAUGGUACUCAGAAGUCAGAAUGUUUCUGUAGACUAGUAGAUUUUAUAUUAAAAUAAGGAUAUUAAUUUGUAAUUUCUGGGAUCAGACUCUAUUCAUGGUCUCUAUCUGAAGUUUUCUCUUUGGCA